AUGGGUAACAAUCAAUAACUAUAAAGAAAUGAUUAAUAUGCUUUAUUCAGAGAAGAUAUUCCUAAAAAGCAAGGAUAUUCGAAUGAAUUAAUUUGCAUUUAAAACAAGAAUGAUCCUGACAAAGCUUUUCCAAAAGAUUACUAUGGCAGCAAAACACUUCUUGAACUAUUCGAAAAAGCAAUAUCAAAGUUUGGAGACAACAAAUUUUUGGGUAGUAGAAAUAAUGAUAAAGCUGGAAGGCCUUAUGAGUUUAAAACAUUCAAAGAAGUUGCAAUACAAAUGGAUGAUCUUGCUUAAGGAAUCUUAAAUCUAAAUCUGAGUCCUGUAAUUCAGCAUAAUAAUGAAAACUGGAGAUUCAUGGGUAUAUUUUCCAGGAAUAGAGAAGAAUGGGCACUAGUAAAUCUGGCAUGUAUGAAGAUUUCUAUUACAGUUGUACCAUUCUUUGACAGUCUAGGGUAGGAUUCUUUGGCUUUCGUAAUAAAUUAAACAGAAUUAACCACAAUGUGCAUUGAGGAAAAAAACUUUGAGAUUUUACUGAAGCUUAAAUGCGAAGGAAGAAUAUAAAGCUUACAAAGCAUUGUAAUGUUUGAUAAACCUACUUCAGAAUAAAUAUUAAAGGCUCAGUAGUCAAAUGUUAAGAUAUUAUAAAUGAGUAAUCUUGUUACCUAGGGUCAAUAAAAUAAGUAAAGUUUGAUUGAACUUAGACCAAAAUCAGAUUCUAUAUAUAUGUUCUGUUAUACAUCAGGGACAACUGGUGGCCCUAAAGCAGCUAUGAUUUCUCAUUAUAAUCUUUUGGGAAUCCAACAUUAGCUGGAUGGUGAUCCACUUUAGUUGCUUGAUGACUUAAAAGCCUUAAAACCAACACAUAUUGCAGUAGUCCCUAGAAUUCUUACUAGGAUUUACCAAAGAAUAAAUGAUGGAGUGAGAUAGAAAGGUGGAUGCUCCUAAUAUCUGUUUAAAAAGGCAGUGAACUCUAAAGUCUCAAAUUACAAAUCCAAAGGUGAAUUUAAGCAUAAAUUAUAUGACAAAAUCUUAUUCAAAAAGAUCUAGGCUUUAUUCGGAGGUAAUCUCAAGACGAUGAUGUGUGGAUCUGCCGCAGUAGAUCCCAAAAUACUUAUAUUCUUCAAAAUAGCUCUUGGCAUCAAUGUAUAUGAAGGAUAUGCACAGACUGAAACAUCACUGAUUGGAACUACUACUACUUUAUUUGAUAGAUCAACUGGUCAUGUUGGUUCUCUUUCUGAUAUCAUCAAAGCUAGAUUAAAAGAUGUACCUGAAAUGAACUACUAUCAUACAGAUUUGCCUCCAAGAGGAGAACUCUAGAUUAAGUGUCCAGGAAACAUUAAAGGCUAUUUUAAGGACUAAGAGAAGUCUAUAGAACUAUAUGACGAGGAUGGCUGGCUUAAUACAGGGGAUGUUGUAUCAGUUUCACCUAAUGGUAAUAUUCAAAUUAUAGAUAGAGCUAAAAAUCUUUUCAAAUUAUCUUAAGGGGAGUAUAUAGCGCCAGAAAAGCUUUAGAAUCUGUAUUCAUAAGCCCCUAUUGUACAACAGAUUUACAUUCAUGGUGAAUCUUCAGUUGAUUAUAUUGUAGCAGUAAUAGUGCCAGAUCCAGAUUAAAUAAAGAAAUUCGCGUAAUCAAAAGAAUUAUCAGUGGAUGAUUAUGAUACACUUUUGAAAUAGAAAGCUGUAAAAGAUGUAGUAUUAAGCUAGUUAAAUGCGUUAGCCAUAGAAUUUAAGUUUUCAGGUCUUGAAAAAGUAAAAAAGGUUCAUUUAACUAGCAUUCAAUUUAACACUGACAAUGAUUUGGCAACACCAACUCUUAAGGUUAAGAGAUUUAAUGUGAGAAAAUACUUUCAAAAAGAAAUAGAAUAGCUUUAUAAUUAGAAUGAUUCUAUAAUUUGA